GUUGGUAUUGGGAAUACAAGUUAAGGGUCAGCUGGAAAGUAACAUUUUGGAUUGAAGGAAACAUGCAAAGACUGGUCUAGUGGAACCAUCACAUGUCUGAGACAAAUUUACAGAUGCCGGAGUUCACGACACUGCCGAUGGCUCCAUCUGUCCGUAUUCCUCGGGCAAAAGUCUAUGAAAAUAACCCCGUCCAAUCGUUGUUGCGACAAUCACAAACUCUAGACAGUCAGUUCAGAAGAGGUGAGAGAAACGGAGAGAAAAGAGUUCCAACUCCAUACUCUAUCUGGAAGCCUGGUGAUAUAAAACCAUUUCUCGCUGAACCAUCUGGGACAUUUCCAAAAUCUCAACAGGGUAAUUGGAUGAAGGCUUACAUGUACCCCCAAACCGGAUCUCUUGUAAGAACGGGGUGCUCAGAAACAAUUUUGUCUCCGUCACAUGACGUAACAGAUUCCAGAAAGCAAGAACUUGAAGAAUCGUUAUCAAAGGAGGUCCAAAGCAUGAUCUUUGGCACAAACCUGAGUCCUACAAACAGUGAACUGACAACGGCUCAGAAAGAACCAAUUGAUAAAGGUGUGCAAGUAAAACCACCUAUGGAAACCCAAAAUUCUCAACCAAAUGACGUCAAACCGACACAUAAUCAAGUACAACGACCAACGAGUCUAGCAGUUGUGAAGAACUAUCCAAUGAAGUCGACAUUGAAAGUCCCCCCAUUAGUAGACCAGCAUCCCAGCCGCACGUCGUCAGAAAGAUCGGAAAGACUAUACGUUGCAAGGUCACAAAGUCGGUCAGCGGAUGACAGCGUAUUUCUACCAAAUGAUGACCCCAAGAACCCUUACAACAACGCCGAUGUCCUACAGAAUUUACCAUACUUCUAUCGCUACAAGGCACGGAGUUUACAUAAGAAACAAAACAAGACUUGCGGAGAGAUGUGCUGGGAGUACACAAGAAACUUUUGUUAUUUCUUAAGAACCUGUCGAUUUCGAGAAGGAGAACAGCUGAAACACCUGGCACCGAGUAGGAAAGGGCGGGAUAAUGUCGCAUUCACAUUUAUGAUGAUUGUCAUUACGUUCUCUCUCUUGUCUUUUUUUGCUGGACUCAUCUACUUUGGAAUUACCCAUAGCUAUAUGGCAUCGACUAACGAAAGAGCCGCUGCGAAAACUGUAACCAUAACGGAUACAGAGAUUCUUCUUGACUCUGGAACGAAUACGAGCAUUGAUGUAUGUAGUAGUGCCCAGCUUAUGGUGCGUGUCAUACUUGCACAGGCUUGUUCUGAUGUCAAUAUACCCGAUUUCAACAUUGCACAACAGCAUUACUGCUCGAAACUGAAUGCCGCCAUUUCUUGCAUACACAAAGGCAUGCCUGGUAUUAUUGGGUUUUUCUGCACGCUGCAAGACAUUAGGAAGGCGAUACUGGAGCGUGAUUAUCAAAUCGACAUAAAUUUGGACGAAACACAAUCUGAUUCUAAAUUGAAAACCAAUUGUUGGAAUGCGACGUCUGAUAGGCGAAAAAGACAUAACAUGAAUUAAUAUUCGAUUAUACUGUAUAAUACCCCAAACUAAUGAAAUGCAUUCAGAAGAUGAUCACUGGAGUGGUUUGAAAAAUGAAAGCAAAAUCAAAUUAAUUGCAAAACGUUCUAGUUUCUACUUGUUUAUUUAAUAAAGCAGAACAAA